AUGAGAAUGCAUUCCUGUAUUUCAAGGAUUACAUUUGUUGCAUUUGUAUACUUCAACCAGUACACUGCAUUGAAGGACAUAGAUGACUGUUACAAAGUUAAAUACCUUGAAGUGAGGUAUGACUUUGAGUUCACUUCUGCCUGUAUAGAAAUUGGAAUAUUUUGGCAACAUAAUAAUUUUGAAGAAUGCCUCAUGUCAGCAUGUAUAACUAAUACUAGCAAUGUGGUACUCUAUAACCUUUAUAAGCAUUCUUGCACUAUGUACAAAUGUGAGUCCAAUGAAGCAGGAACCGACUGGGAUUAUAGAUGGCAGGAGAGUAAGAUUGAGCAUAGACAUGUCACAUCUGCCUACGCUUUACCCCAUCCUUCAACACCAAAAUGUGGAAACUCAUACUUUAUACGGAAAGCUUCCAAUACUUAUAUUUUCAAUGAGGAACAUUGUUCCAAUGUGACAAAUAUGGCAACGAAUGAUCUCCAUUCCUGUUUAACAAUUGCAUGUGCUGAGAAUGCCGAUGGUUUAGAAUACUUUGAAGAAAAUAGAACAUGCAGAAUAAUGCAUAGUUGCAAAAGGUUUUAUUACUAUGACAUGUCAACAACUAAAGUAAGAUUGUCAGCCAAAUACAGCUUGUCUAAGAUAGGACUUGAUGAAUUUCCUUUAGAAAAUAUACAGGUAACAGCUAACAUAGCGACAACAUCAACAAGUCAAUUAACUGAUACAUCAACAAAUAUUGAAUAUGAAGCUACCACACAUGAUACUAACAGUUCUGUCACUGACCAAACUGGGCCAAUCAAAUCACAAAACCUGGAUUUUAAAACACUUGCCAUGAUACUAACAACAGCAAU